AUGGCGCCAACACGAGGGAACUCUCUGCGCGACAAGCAGAUCCUGUCCAUCAAGAAGCUCCUGAACCUCAACGAACCCCUCGAACCGACCGACGGUGACGAUUCCAGUGGCUUCCAAUCUGCCUCGGCGCCCUUGCUGAAGGACAUUCCCACGUGGAAGAUCUUGGUCUUUGACGAACUUGGGCGCAAUGUCAUCAGCCCAGUACUCCAGGUCUCGGACCUGCGAUCGAUGGGCGUCACACUACACGUUUCCAUUGCCGCCAGCAGGCAACCGAUUCCCGAUGUCGAUGCCAUCUACCUUAUCGAACCGAACUCCAAGAAUCUCCAGCAAAUCACCAAUGAUCUGCAGAAGAACCUCUACAACUCUGCCAGCAUCAACUUCCUCUCCUCGGUACCGCGGCCACUGUUGGAGGACUUUGCAGCGCAAACUGCCGCUGCCGGCACUUCGGAGAAGAUUGCCCAAAUAUUCGACCAGUAUCUCAAUUUCAUCGUUCCCGAGCCGGAUUUGUUCAGUUUGGGCAUGCAGAAGGAGCACACGUACUGGGCAUUGAAUAGCGCAAAGACACAAGAUGAGGAGCUGGAUAGGGUCAUUGAUAGGAUCGUCAGUGGCCUAUUUAGUGUGGUGGUGACACUAGGUGUCAUUCCCAUCAUCCGCUGCCCAAGAGGUGCUGCUGCUGAGAUGGUUGCGACCAAAUUGGACCGGAAGCUUCGCGAUCAUAUUCUCAACUCCAAAGACAACCUCUUUUCGGCACAUAGGGCAGCAGCUUCCAGCACUGGAACACCAAAGCCAUUACUCGUUAUCAUGGACCGUAAUAUCGACCUAAUUCCCAUGUUGUCCCACUCGUGGACCUACCAGAGCCUAUGCGCCGACGUCUUUGGCUUGUCGGAAUCGAACCGGAUCACAAUUGAGAGCCCGGUAGACUCCAAUAACCCGGCCAAGGGCGCCAACAAGAAGACCUAUGACCUGGCUGCUGAUGAUUUCUUCUGGGCCAAGAAUUCGUGUCUGCCUUUCCCUCAGGUUGCCGAGGACAUCGAUAUUGAACUUACGAAAUACAAGGAGGAGGCGGAUUCUCUCACAAAGAAGACGGGCGUAAGAGAUUUGGAUCAUUUCGAACAAGACUCGGGCGCAAGCGCUCAGCACCUAAAAGCGGCAGUCACUCUCCUACCGGAACUGCGCGCAAGAAAGGCCACCUUGGACAUGCACAUGAAUAUCCUCGCUGCUAUCCUUGGCGAAAUUCAGAGCCGACAGUUGGAUAACUACUUCCAGCUGGAGGAGAACGUGUUCAAGCAAACCAAGGCGCAAGUUUUGGAUCAGAUCAAGACGGCUGAGAAGGGCAAGCCAGAAGACUACCUUCGUCUCUUCGUGAUUUGGUACCUCAGCACGGAACAGGAUGUCUCUCGCCAGGAGUGGACGCAAUUCGAGGAGGCGCUCGCAGCCAAGGGCUGCGACACGACAUGCCUGUCCUACAUUAAGCAGGUCCGCGCCACGACAAAGAUGACACAACUUACCACGGUCAACAACCCGUCAACCUCGAACCAGCAACAAUCCGGCUCUUCGGACCUCUUCAACCGCUUUUCCGCCAUCUCCAGCCGUCUCACCGACCGUCUCAAGGAGACCGGCGUACCCACCGGCGCCCUUUCCAACAAUGUCGCCUCCCUCCUCGGCGGCAUCAAGAACUUUUUGCCCGAGGACCGCGACCUCACGGUAACUAAGAUCACCGAGUCCCUCAUGGACCCCUCGGCCGCCAGCUCCUCUGCCAUCGCCAAGACGGAGCACUACCUCUACUUCGACCCGCGCAGCGCCAACGCGCGCGGCACCAUGCCCCAGCCGUCCGCCAUGCGGGCCCAAGCGGGCGGGUCAUCCCUGGGCGGGCCCGGUGGCUUGCCAGGGUCCAGUGGUCCGGGUCAGACAGCCAGCUUUGGCCAGAGAAGACAGGGAUUCUCCGAGGCGAUUGUGUUUAUGGUUGGUGGUGCGAGCACGGCCGAGUAUAGCAAUUUGCAGGAGUGGGCGGCGAGGACGACGACGGGGGAUCGCGCGAAGAGGAGGGUUAUUUACGGCGGUACGGAACUGCUUAAUGCGGGCAGCUUUAUCACGGAGGAGUUGGAGAGACUGGGUAAGGAGAUUUCGUAG